AUGCAAGUUUCAGCUGGAGGCCUAUCAGGGGUCAGUCAGCACUAUUCCAGUCAGCCAGAGGGUUCGCAGACCAAAGCCCCAAAUUAUGGUGGUUACUCGAUUUUGUCCGUUUAUGUUCAGCGUUCGAUGCUAGACAGUGGAUGUUUUGAGUGUGGUGAUAUAGGGCAUUUCAAGAGGAAUAGUCCCAGAGUUAGGCAAGGUGGUCAGGAUACUCAAUUUCAGGCUUCCCGAGCCCCAGCAUCAGGUAGAAGGAGAGGAUCUUAUGGUGGGAACCGUGCUCAAUCUGGGUGUGGCGGUCACACAGCUGGUGAAGGUGGCCCCCAGCCUAACCGAGGCAGGUUUCAGUCUGGUAGAGGUGGUAAUCAGUCCGGCAGGGGCGGAGCUCAGACAGGGCAGGUUGAUCGCAAUGGUUCACAGGCUAUUGGCGAACGGGUUCAUUUUUAUGCCUUUCCUUGCAGGAUAGAGGCUGAGGGCUCUGAUGCAGUUAUUACAGGUGAUGUUUUGAUGCAAGAAAAUAAGGUGAUUGCCUAUGCCUCCAGGCAGCUGAAGGUAGCGGAGAUGGAUGGAAUUGCUGAAGGAUUACGACAUUACCAUCUUGUAUCAUCCUGGCAAGGCCAAUGUGGUGGCAGAUGCCUUGAGCAGGAAAUCAGCUAG